CCUAGAAAAAUUGCACAAAUUCCGAUGUUUUUUUUAUUUUAUAAAUCCUCACGGAUCCCAAGAAACAUAACUAAAUCCUCUAAAGUACCAACCAACUGGUAUUUCAUUUCAGAAGAAGACGAAGGCAGCCUAAACAAUAUUUUUCUACUUUUUUUUUUUAUGGGCGUCAGAUUGAGUUUAGCUCUCUUAGUUGUGAAUGCAGGAAAAAUUUGAUCUUGAUUGUGAUUCUGGGUUACAAAUUGAAAAAAGGGCUGAUUUUUUUGCAUUUUUUGAGCUUUGGAAACUGUUGGGUUUCUACAAAUGAUUGCGGAAGUGUUAGCUUUGGUUGGUUACAGGGUGAAAAAAGGUGUAGAAUUUCUUGAAAUUGUGAGGUUAUGUUGGGAUUGACUUGUCAAGAUUGCGGUUGACAAUAGGAGUUUUGGGUAAUAUGUUGGUUUGGGGGUGAAUACCUUCUGGAAUGUUUGAGAAGAUGCUUCCUUUUUUAAAAAAAAAAAUAAAAAAAUGACACAUUUGAAGUUUCUUUUAGUUGACAAUAGGAAGAAAGAUAUUCGGGAAUGUUGAAUUUGUGUCACCUGGAAACUUAGAUUUAUAUAUAUAAGAUAAGAAUAAGAAUCUGUUUUCACAAUUGAGCAAGUAGUCUCUAGUGUGGGGUUCUGGAAACAAGCAUGUAGUCUGUGAUCAGGUGAGAUUUGCUUGAAUUUGAUUGUACCGCAAGGAGAUCUAGGUCAUCACAAUCCGUACAAGGAGCUUAUGUGUCUGGAGUGUGAUAAUAAGAAGUUUUGCUCUUAGUAGAUGUUCUGUCUAGUUGUUUUAGUCUAGGGGUUGUGAUUUUCGUUCAAACCUAUCAUGGAUGAAGCUUCGUGCAGCACGAAUGCACUGCCUCCUUUUAUUGCAAAGACAUAUGAAAUGGUGGAUGACCCAUCCUGUGAUGCUAUUGUCUCCUGGAGUUCGAAUAAUAAAAGCUUCAUUGUGUGGAAUCCUCCAGAUUUUGCAAGAGAUUUGUUGCCGAGAUACUUCAAGCACAAUAAUUUUUCCAGCUUUAUCAGACAACUAAACACUUAUGGAUUCAGGAAAAUUGACCCUGAAAAAUGGGAGUUCGCGAAUGAAGGUAAUUUCAUUAGAGGUCAGCCGCACCUUUUGAAGAAUAUCCAUAGGCGUAAACCUGUUCAUAGUCAUUCUGCACAGAAUCUUCAUGGCCUGUCAUCUCCAUUAACUGAAUCAGAAAGACAGGGAUACAAGGAAGAUAUUCAAAAGCUGAUGCAUGAGAAUGGAUCACUUCACUUGGACCUACAAAGACAUAAACAGGAUCACCAAGGACUUGAAUUGCAAAUGCAGGUUUUAACUGAACGUGUUCAACAUGCAGAACACCGUCAGAAGACCAUGGUAUCUGCUUUAGCUCACACCUUAGAUAGACCAGUAAUGGAUUUGAGUCACAUGCCACAACUUCAAGUGAAUGACAGAAAAAGAAGGUUCCCAGGAAAUAGCUGCCUUUAUAAUGAAAGUGACCUGGAGGAUACGCGAGGGAUAUCAUCUAGGGCUUUGAGUAGGGAAAAUAUGAACCCACCCUCUCUUUUGACAAUGAACACAGAACUGUUAGAUCAAUUGGAAUCUUCUUUGACUUUUUGGGAGGAUGUGCUACAAGAUGUUGAUCAAGCUGGGAUACGACAGAAUUGUUUGCUGCAGUUGGAUGAAUCUACAAGUUGUGCUGACAGUCCUGCUAUAUCUUACACUCAACUAAAUAUUGAUGUUGGGCCUAAGGCUUCUGGAAUUGACAUGAAUUCUGAGCCUAAUGCAAACAUUACUCCUGAGGUUGCGGAACCAGAAGACAAAGCAGCUGUAGCAGGGACGGCUACUAAUGUCCCAACUGGGGUUAAUGAUUUAUUUUGGGAACAGUUCCUAACUGAGAAUCCUGGUUCGGUUGAUGCACCCGAAGUACAGUCUGAAAGAAAAGAUAUUGGUAGCAAAAAGAAUGAAAGCAAACCAGUUGACAGUGGAAAAUAUUGGUGGAACAUGAAGAGUGUAAAUAGCCUGGCAGAACAGAUGGGACAUCUUACUCCAGCGGAGAAAACUUAGUUUGGUAGGUUAUAUUGCAAAUGCUUUAUUCAUGUUGUUAGCCUUCUGGCUUGUUGUAUAUCUAGUGUACUAGUUUUUUUUUUCUUAUCAGGGAUUAGAUAUACGUGUUGAUGUAUAAAUUGAUUUUGUUCGUGCUGUGCAUUGCAUGAUAUGAGGGAAAUCGAGCUUCUGAAAAUUCUUUGGCAUUAGUUCUUUGUUU